CUUAAAUAGACAGACCUUAGAUCUGCCUAAAGAUACAACAGGUGCCUCAUCUUGCUCUGAAGACCAGUGCAAUGAUUUUACUACCUGUGCUGCUCUUCUUAGCUGCCAUACUGCUUCCAUCUUGUGGUGAUGCACAGAGUGUAUCCUAUGAAUCUAUAUCAACUAAACAUGAAGGAAUACAACGUGAAAUUGUGGACAAGCACAAUACCCUUCGAGCACAAGUCUCACCCCCUGCAGCCAACAUGCUAAAAAUGGAAUGGAGCAAAGAAGCACAAAAAACGGCUGAGGACUGGGCAAAUAAAUGUACUUUAAAACACAGUAACCCAAAGUUAAGAACAAUUGGGACUACCUGUGGUGAAAAUCUCUUCAUGUCAAGUGCCCCCCUUAGCUGGUCAAAAGCUGCCCAAGCCUGGUAUGAUGAGUAUAAACAUUUUAAAUUUGGUGUAGGAUCAACUUCAGGUGAAGCAGUUGGACAUUAUACUCAGAUGGUGUGGUAUAGAUCUCAUCAAAUUGGAUGUGCAGUUGCCAGGUGUCCUGGUGCUGCUUUCGAGUACUAUUAUGUUUGUCAUUACUGCCCUAGUGGAAAUGUUCAGCCUAGAGAAAAUUCUCCUUAUGAAGUAGGAAAACCAUGUGGCAAGUGCCCCAAAUCUUGUAGCAACAACUUGUGCACCAAUCCUUGUAAGCACAACGAUGAUUAUUCAAACUGUCCUGAUCUGAAAAAGAGUGUUUCCUGCAGUCAUCCAACUGUCAAGAAUCAUUGUAAGGCUUCCUGUCAAUGUGGUGAUCAAAUCUAUUAAACUUCUCCUUGGAAAUUUGCUUCCAUUAAUAGAGAUAACUGGAACACAGUAAUGCCAGCAAUAGUUAUGAAAAAAAAUAGAACAUGCUUACAGUGAAACCAGUAGAUACUACUCCUAAUUGUUUUCAGAAAUUAAUGUGUCAUUUAAUCCUGGGCAUCAGUCUUUUUUUUACCAAAUCAUUUAGGGGUUUGCACAUGUCCUAUAAAUGAUGUCUUAAACUGCUUCACUGAAAUUUUUAAAAAUUUAAAACAAUUAAAAAACAACCAUUAUUUCCUAGCUUUAAAUUUGUAGAUAAGUAAUAUGAAAAAAGAGUACAAACUGUGGUAUCUUCUUUUUAAAUUUUUUUAUAAUAAUGAUGUUCUUUCAAAAAUCAAUGGAUUGAAUGUUUGCAAUUCAGCAAUAUGCAUCACUCGAAGUUCCUAAGACCACAAUUACUCUGGUCCUGAAGUAACUAUGAAAAUUGUUUUCAAGGAAGAAAAUACAAAAAAAAAAAGUUUAUCAGUUUCUAUACAAGUUACUUCUCUCCAAGAUGAAGAAUUAAUUUCAAUGUUCGCUUCCUACUUUGUUAUUAUGGCCUUUUCUGUAACUUUACUAAUGUUAACCAGCUUUUAGAAUAAAGGAUUUACAAUUA